AUUAUUAACAUAGUUGUUUGCAUAACAAUAAUGGUUAUUUUAUUAACUCUACAAUACUCAAGAUUUGUCGCUUCCCCGACUGUUAUGAUUGUAGAAAGGAACUACUUUGAUUGGAAUAUAUCCUACCCCGCAAUAACACUUUGUCCGCUUUACAAACCUGAUAUCAUAAAAUUCGGAAAAUUUGUCAACGAUACCAAUAAUAUAACAGGACUAAACAUGAGAGGUUUUUUAUGGGCCAUAGCACAUGCUGCUUUAGAUACUUUAAGUUAUUUGGAUUUAAAUCUUCCGACUGAAGUACAGCUAAUUGAACCCAAGAACUACGCAAAAGUGGCUGCUAAUAUGUUCCGAGAGUUUGAGGAAGGCUGGUUUGCUAGCAAUACCAAUAAGGUGAUGUCUGUGGACGCUACCAUGACGGAAAUGGGAAUGUGCCACGUAAUUAAUUCCAAUGUAGCUAUAUUCGACAGGCCUUUCAAUUGGAAUCGAGUCAACACCACAGCAGACACUUAUGUCAAAAAAAAUAUGGAUAUCUCAAUAUUUGAAGCAGAUUUCGUUACUAUUAUAACAGACUAUGCAUCCAUUUAUAAGGUAUUUAUCCAUGAUCCCGAUGAAGUCACGAUGACUACGGGAUCCUCGUUCACCUUCGAUGUAGAGGGCGUCGUGUCCUUCGGUUUGUCUGUUUGGAGCACGAGAAUAUCGGAAGAAUUGCGUUACAAAUCACUACGAAUACGUAAAUGCCGAUUCAAUCACGAACCAAUAAGCAAGAGAUAUCCUGUGUAUUCGUUCAAUCAUUGCAUAUUAGAAUGUAGAAUCAAAAUGAUCCUGAGGAUAUGUGGAUGUGUGCCUCACUUCUAUAAACCUUUAAGUUAUGAACGUAUAUGUAAUAUACCAGAGCUAAAAUGUGUUUUGAAACAUAGAAAGGAAAUAAUUACUUUGAAAUCUUCCGAAGAAACUUUCAAACAAUUUUGUAACAUCAAAGACCUCCCGAGGAUAUCACGAGAUUGCGGUUGCCUUAACAGUUGUGAGCUGGAUAUGUAUUAUAAAGACAACGAAGACUUUUUGUAUCAAAAAGGGCUGAAUAAAUUAAAAAUCAAAAUCACGUCAUUCCCAAAAGUUCGGGUCGUACGAGACGUCAUCUUCAGCUUUUAUGAUAUCGUGUUAAGGAGUGGAGGUGUAGUGAAUCUCUGCAUUGGAAGCUCGCUAAUUUCCUUAGUAGAAUUACUAUUAGUAAUAUUAAAGUGUAUUCUUUAUUUUCCAAUAAGAGCCAUUCGAUCAAUUUAUUAGAAUACUUCAAAUAAAAUAUAGACAAUGUACGGUUAAAAUGCAUU